AUGGUUCUGCCCAGACUCAGAGUGAUGGAUGAGGACGCAGAGGUAAAGGCCUGGACCGGGGCCAAGCGUAUUACAUCUGAGGUGAAGGGUGAAGGCUCAGUGCAUUGGGGGGGCAUGUAUCCUGUGGCCCCCCGCAGAGUGCUCAGGUCAGAGGCAGAAAUGAUUGACAGCUGGUUUAACUGUCAGCGGAUGGUGCAGUGGUGUUGA